UAAUGCAUAUGCAUCUCAUCCCCAGAUCCCUAUAGUAUAUGUUCAUCAAUAGCAGCCCUACAAAUCCUCCUUCAUCCCUAUUUUUGGUCAACUUUUUCUCAUUUGGGUCAUUGGGUGUCUCAAAUUUGGAAUCUUUGGCUAAAAUCUUUCGAAUUAAAGAUUCAAUUUUUGUUCUUGUUCUUGAUUCAUCACCUGUGAUUCAGGUGGUAAGAUCUGUUGUAUUAUUUCGUUUUGUGUGUCAAUGGGCGCAUUAGAUGAAGGGCACUAUCAUGCAGAAAUAGAUAACGAAGUUAGUUUUGAGCUUGGAUUUGAAACUCAGCCUGAAACACUGGCUAUUCAGGAUGCUGUUAGAGUCCUAUUGCAGGGUUUGGGUGAAGAUAUCAAUAGGGAAGGAAUCAAGAAAACCCCUUUUCGUGUUGCUAAGGCUCUUCGACAAGGAACAAGAGGUUACAAACAAAAAGUGAAUGAUAUCGUUCAUGGCGCGUUAUUCCCUGAAGCUGGAUUGGAAGGUGGAAGUGGUCAGGCUGGAGGAGUUGGUGGGCUUGUGAUUGUUCGAGAUCUUGAUCUCUUUUCAUACUGUGAGUCUUGCUUGCUUCCAUUCCAGGUUAAGUGUCAUGUAGGUUAUGUCCCAUCUGGAAAAAGGGUUGUAGGAUUAAGCAAGCUUUCUCGGGUUGCUGAUAUUUUUGCAAAACGGCUCCAAAGUCCACAGCGCCUUGCUGAUGAAGUUUGCACUGCUUUGCAGCAUGGAAUCAAGCCAACAGGCGUUGCUGUGGUUCUACAGUGUAUGCAUAUUCAUUUUCCAAAUAUUGAAUCAGCAUUUCUCGACUCGACUUCCCAAGGAUGGGUAAAGAUAACGGCUACCUCAGGUUCUGGUGUUUUUGAGGAUGGGAAUGCUGAUGUUUGGACUGAUUUUUGGAGUCUACUGAAAUUCAGAGGUAUAAGCAUAGACAAUGCUCAUCGUAGAUCCUCUGGCCAAUCAUGGUGCCCAUCUCAAUCUUGUGGCAUGCCAGGACAAGCAAAUUCAGCUAUGACAAAUGCAGUGAAUUCGAUACUUAAGUCUCUGGGCGAAGAUCCAUUGAGAGAAGAGCUUGUAGAAACCCCAUCUCGGUUUGUGAAGUGGUUCAUGAACUUUAGAAACUCUAAUUUGGAGAUGAAACUGAAUGGCUUUGUUCGAAGUAGAAUAGAUACUCGAAGUCCUUCUGGUCAGGUUGGUAAUUUUAAUGAUGGCAUCUGCUCUGAGCUCAAUUUGUCAUUCUGGUCCCAGUGUGAACAUCAUCUACUCCCUUUUCAAGGUGUUGUGCACAUUGGUUAUCACUCUUCAGAUGGAGUCAACCCGGUUGGAAGACCUCUAGUGCAAUCGGUAGUACAUUUUUAUGGCUUUAAACUCCAAGUACAGGAAAGGGUUACCAGACAAAUAGCUGAGACUGUUUCAUCAUUCUUAGGUGAAGACAUUAUCGUAGUUGUGGAAGCAAAUCACACCUGUAUGAUAUCUAGAGGAAUCGAGAAAUUUGGAAGCAACACAGCCACAUUUGCUGUGUUGGGUAGAUUUUCCACUGACCCUGUUGCAAGAGCAAAAUUUCUGCAGAGCCUCCCAGACUCUUGUUCUGCAGGAAGAUGAUGUCUUUUCUCAAAGGAAAUAUACAGGCUACAGCAAGCUAAGUACUUGUCCUACGGAUUACUCAGGUAAAACUGAAGGAAUUGAGAAGCAAACUCGGCGCUGAAUUCAAGAAUGUAGGUUCUUUUCUUGGAGGUCCUGUUUUUACUUCUAUAGCAUAGUGAUAAACGAGGUUAUGAAAUUUUAUCCAUUUUUUUCCAUCCUUGUAAUAUGUAGCAUGAGCAAGGGUCCAUACCAGCAAUAUUUUUAAGUUGCCCUUGGUUUUUCAUUUCUAAUGCAGUUGCCAUUGAUUUAA